CAAAGACGGCUGGAGGUGUGUUCCUGAGCUGCGGACAGAAAAGUCAUCUAAUUGCGGAACUUCGCGCCAGAGCAGACCACGACAGUGACCAAAAGAAGGAGACCGCUGAUAUCUCUCGGACCAAGCGUUAUCUAAACCAGCCCUGCCCGGACAAAAAGUACUAGAUCGCCGUCUUCUCUGUCAAUAUCUACUUCGUCAUUCUACCGCGUCCACACUCGACACUACCACCAUGAAGAAUAGUGCAUUCCUGUGUGCUACAUGUAACACAGAAGAGAACGACCAAAACAAAAUUGUCCUGUGUCACUACUGUAUGAAGUGUGAGCAUCUGAGCUGUAAAAAGGUGUACGGAGUAGCUGCCGAAAAACUGCGCGCAAAAAAGUAUUUUUGCUCGCUGGAUUGUGCUAAGCUUUCGUCGCACACGAGUUCUGGGAUGGAGAACCAAAUUAUGGAGGAAAUCGGGAAGGUGCUCGCCGAGGUUCGUGGCACCUCCGCUGAGCUGCGAAAGGUACAGGACACCAUUGGGGAGCUUCAACGCACGCACAACUCGUUCGCUGAAAAGGUCGACACACUGCUGAACGAGAUGCAAGCCAUCAAAGAGGAUCAACAGCUGCUGAAGAACGAUGUCGCAGUUUUGCAGGAGGAACAGUUUGCAGUUAAUGAAACAAUCACUGACCUGGAAAAGCAGCUUGAUCAACUCAAUCGUGCUGCCCUCGCCACACACGCCGUCAUCCUAGGAGUUCCAUCUUCCAAAGAUGAGGAUUUAAAGAAGGUGAUCACUGAUAUCGCCCUGGCGGUGAAAUGUACGCUGCCCGAAGAUGCUAUCGUCGAAACGAAGCGGCUGGUGUCGAAGGACGGGGAGCAGACUGGCAAACCGGUCCCGAUAAAGGUGAUCUUUUCCGACACAAGCUACAAGGAAGAACUCUUCGCCAAGAAGAAAUGCCACGGUCUACUCCUCUCAUCAACAAUCGGCUCCAACAACACUGGCACAGGAGGCAGCAGAAUCAUUCUUCGCGACGAAUUGACGUCGUUUGGAAUGACGUUGCUGAAGCAGGCGAGGGUGGUCCAGGAAGCAGCAGAUUUGAAGUUCGUCUGGCCUGGUCGCGAUGGGGUUAUCCUCGUCAGGGCCACCGACAACUCGAAGGUUGAAAAAAUUCGUAACGCCAAGGACCUUGAGAAACUCCAGCACCAGCACCCCAAACGCCCUCUCGAUGGAUCGCUGUUGAACUCCACCAUGCUAUCGUUGAACGGCGCACCGGCUCCGAAGCAGCAGAAGCAGCUGUAACACGCAGUUUCGACGGCAGAUCAACUGCAGAGCAUUUUGUUCUAUUAUUUUGUUUUAUAAAAUGUUUACAAAUUGUAACUCUAGUUUUGCUUGUAUCGAAGAUUGGAUUAAAAAUAAAAAUAUCUCUCCUGUCUCUUC